AUGUUAAAAACGUCUUUCUUCGAUUUACCUGAUCUAGUCCUCCUCGAUAUUAUUCAUUAUUUAUCGCCAUUCGAUGCUAUUCAAGCAUUCUACGAUAUCGAUGAUAGAACCGAUCGAAUUAUCAAUCUUCUCAUCGAAUCUCAAUGUUUUAAGACAAUUCAUCAGCUCCGUUUACCUCUCUUCAAUUUCGUUUGUCGAGAUGUUGUUCCACGGUUAAAUGUCAAUCUAUUUCACAUGACUCUUUACAAUCAUCAACUAGAAAUCGCUCGGAACAAUGAAAUUCUCUCUUAUCUUCCCAAUCUUUCCUCAUUACAUCUAAUCAACAUUAUCGAAAACGAAGGUCUUCUUUCGUAUUUUCUUCAUCCACAAUUAACAAAUCUAACAAUCGAGUUUCUUAGUGAACAUCACACCGAAGCUCAAACAUUCACCUGUGAACAAUUCAUUUUCGAUAAAAUAUCUAAGAAACUACUCGAUUGUCAUUUAAAAAAUCAAUCUGGUAUUCGACUUCAACGUUUGACUUUAUUUCCCAAUGAUUCUCUUCAACGACUGACAAUCCAGUUGAAAGAGUUGUCUGAUUUGCAUAUCCUAUUCGAGCAGAUACCAAAUAUUCGAAGUUUAAAUGUGGAAUUAUGUCAAUGGACCAUCGAGACAAUCAAAUAUGAUUAUAAAAAAUUGUCUCAAACUCUUCCUAAUCUAACUGAAUUUUCCCUUGAGACAAAUCAUACAUUAACAUUCAAUCAAUUACUUCUUCUCAUUGAAAACUUCAUUUAUUUAGAAAAACUCUCAAUUAUCUAUCGAAAUUAUGAUGGAUACGGCAUCGAUACAGUUCAUUUUGAGUUCGUUUUAUCUCGUCUUAGUCGUUUGAUCGAUUUAGAUUUGUUUAUUAAGUUUAUUUAUUUCAAUCUUGAUGCAAGGUGUACAUUUGAACAGAAUCAUCAGUUUAAACAACGCUGGAGAAUUCACACACAUGCAAAUACCACACAGAAAUCGUAUCUUGCGUAUACAAAACCAUUCCGGAAGUCAACGUAUUCAACAUCAACGGAUAUUCUUUUCCAAGACGAAUCAAAUGUGUUUCCAACAGUAACGAAAUUAUCGUUAAGAACGCAUACGAAACAAGAAAAUGUUUUAUCACUCAUUCGCUCGAUAAAUCAUCAAUUUCCAUCGUUGACUCAACUUCAUAUUGUUGAUCCAUUUGGAAUGGAACAUAAUCAGGAGGAAUGCUCAAUGAAAUUAUCAAACAUUUCUUCAUUCGAUGCAUCCGAUCUAAAAAUUCCGAAUUUCUUCCAAAGCGUCUACCAAUCUCUUCCAAACCUGAACCAUUUACACGUCAAUUGUGAUAUUCUAACUAAAUGUAACCUAGAUUCACUAUUCGAAAACAAUCAAAUCAAAUAUUUACAAUUACUCACAACAAACCUCGAUGAAAUCAGUCACUUUCUCUUCCAUUUCUCAAAUCUCAAACAAUUAACUGUAAACAUAAACAACUCCUCUCAACGAAAGUCUCACCGAUCUCUUUUCCAAUGGUUCGACAUCUCUCCUCACUUGUAUAUUGUUCAUGUCAGAGCACCGAAACUCUCCGAUAUAUUCUACCUGCGUCUAAUCGAAAACGAAGACAAAUUUUACCUUCAACAUUGCAAUGAAAUUUUAACUUUGUGGAAAUAG